GGGCAGCAGCGCUCACGGGCUCAGUGAAGGCAGCGGGGGAAGAAGAGGAGGCAGGAAGCGUUCACACAGGUCUGCUGAGCACACCCGCUGACCUGCAGCUCCGCUCUCACCUGAACCUUUCUGUCCUCGAUCACCUGCGCCGUGUGACCACGUGACCCGCCGGAAUGGGCCGGAAGGUGACCGUGGCUACCUGCUCUCUGAACCAGUGGGCUCUGGACUUUGAAGGCAACUGUGAGAGGAUCCUGAGGAGUAUCGAGGAAGCCAAAGCUCAUGGAGCCAAAUACAGGCUGGGUCCAGAGCUGGAGAUCUGCGGCUACGGCUGCGCAGACCACUUCUAUGAGUCGGACACGCUGCUGCACAGCUUCCAGGUCCUCAGGAAUCUUCUGGAGUCUCCCGUCACUCAGGACAUCAUCUGUGACGUGGGGAUGCCCAUCAUGCAUCACAACGUGCGCUACAACUGCCGCGUCCUGUUCCUCAACAGAAAAAUCCUGCUGAUCAGGCCCAAGAUGAUGAUGGCCAACCACGGGAACUACAGAGAGGUGCGCUGGUUCUCCCCCUGGAACAAGUUACGGCAGGUGGAGGAGUAUUUCCUGCCCCGAAUGAUCCAGGAGGUGACAGGCCAGGACACCGUCCCCUUCGGUGACUGCGUGCUCUCCACGAAGGACACCUGCAUCGGCACUGAGAUCUGCGCCGAGCUCUGGAACCCCGACAGCCCUCACAUUCAGAUGGGUCGGGACGGCGUUGAAAUCUUCACCAACUCGUCCGCAAGCCACCACGAGCUCCGCAAAGCUGGCCAGAGGGUCAACCUGAUCAAGUCGGCCACCACCAAGAGCGGAGGAAUCUACCUGUAUGCCAACCAGAGGGGCUGUGACGGAGACCGCGUCUACUACGAUGGCUGCGCCAUGGUGGCCAUUAACGGUGACGUCGUGGCGCAGGGAGCGCAGUUCUCCCUCGAUGAUGUGGAGGUGAUUACGGCCACUCUGGAUCUGGAGGACGUUCGCAGCUACAGAGGAGAGCUGUGUCAGCCCCAGCUGGAAAGUGAAUUCAAACCUUGUCACAGGGUCAAAGUGGACUUUUCUUUGUCCGGCUGUGACGACGUCUACCUGCCCACCCACCAGCCAAUAGAAUGGCACUUUCACACACCAGAGGAAGAGAUCAGUUUAGGGCCGGCCUGCUGGCUGUGGGACUACCUGAGGAGGAGCGGCCAGGCUGGUUUCCUGCUGCCUCUGAGCGGCGGCGUCGACAGCUCCUCCACCGCCUGCAUCGUCCACUGCAUGUGCGUGCUGCUGUGCCGGGCUGUCGAGGGCGGCAACAGUCGGGUGCUGGAAGACGUCCGCAGGGUGGUCGGCGACGAGUCGUAUCAUCCGCAGGACCCGAAGGAGCUGUGCGCUCGCGUCUUCACCACCUGCUACAUGGCGAGCGAAAACUCCUCCGAGGACACGCGCAACAGGGCCAGAGACCUAGCCAAUCAGAUCGGCAGCACGCACAUGAAUAUUAACAUAGACGUGGCGGUGAAAGGCAUUCUGGGUAUCUUCUCGGCGGUUUCCGGACGGUGGCCUCAGUUUCGUGCGAGCGGGGGAAGUCGGAGAGAAAACCUGGCUCUCCAGAAUGUGCAGGCUCGGGUCAGGAUGGUCCUGGCCUACCUGUUUGCCCAGCUCAGCCUGUGGGCUCGGGGCAGACCCGGGGGCCUGCUGGUGCUCGGCUCUGCUAACGUGGAUGAGAGCCUCACAGGUUAUUUCACCAAAUACGACUGCUCGAGCGCCGACAUUAACCCAAUCGGAGGCAUCAGUAAGACGGACCUGAAGUGCUUCCUGCUGCACUGCGCCGAGCAGCUGCAGCUCACCGCUCUGAGAAGCAUCCUGGCAGCUCCGCCCACCGCCGAGCUCGAGCCGCUGACAGACGGGCGAGUUUCUCAGACUGAUGAGGCCGACAUGGGGAUGACCUACUCUGAGUUGUCUGUGAUCGGACGACUGAGGAAGAUCUCCAAGUGCGGCCCCUUCAGUAUGUUCUGUAAACUCAUUCACACGUGGAAGGACGCCCUCUCGCCCUCAGAGGUGGCCCAAAAGGUGAAGCGCUUCUUCAGGAUGUACUCGGUGAACCGCCACAAGAUGACCACGGUCACGCCGUCCUACCACGCCGAGAGCUACAGUCCUGACGACAACCGCUUCGACCUCAGACCUUUCCUCUACAACGCAAGCUGGAGCUGGCAGUUCAGGUGCAUCGACGACCAGGUGACCCAGAUGGCUGCAAACAGGGCGAAGCAUUAAGAAGCAGAGGUCAUCAGUCCGUCGCGACUCCAACGGCCACGAAGACGUCCCGCUUGAUCAAAGCCGAAGACCAUGGACGAUGCUUUCCUGCUUUUCUGACCUCAGUGACAUUGAUAACAACUGUGGUCCCUUCAAAUAAUCAUUUAAACGGACUAUAAAAUCAAACGCCUUAAACCUGCAUUCUUUCAGGCGCCCAGCAGGGGGCACUUCCUCUGCUAAGCCUCCUCGGCUGAUCGUGAGCUCAGUGAACUCUUUAAUGGUCUCAGGUGUGAUUGAAUCAAACAUUGUGGAGAUUGUCCAUCGUUUAUUUACAGUCUAUGAUCCAGACUACACACGCCUCUUCUUCUGCUUGUUUUUAUCUCUUUAUGCUUUAUUGUGCAGUUUUCUUUCAUCACCUGAUUAUUUCUGAUUCUGUCCUCCGUCUGCUUUGUUUUGAUUUUGUUCUGUGUAAAAUUUAAAGAUACAGGAUCAUUUAAAGUGUCCACGUGUGAAAUAAAAGCUCUCUUGAUUUUG